AUGGCCUCGGAUAGCGGGCUCCCACCAGGGGCCGGCGGCGUCUUUGGAGAGUUACCCCCGAGCUACGCGCGCUCCCGGCCGCCCGCCGCAGCCGCCGACGCGCUCCGGAGACCCAGCGGUUACUGCCAUGCCGCUUUCGCACUUAAACACAUCUCAAAGGGGAAGGCGGUAGGUCAAAAAGCCCCCCUGUGGAUCCGUGCCAGGUUCCAGGCCCUCCUGUUCUCUCUGGGCUGCCACAUCCAGAGGCACUGCGGGAAGGUACUCUUUAUCGGACUCUUGGUGUUCGGCGCCCUCUCGGUGGGACUCCGAGUCGCCGCCAUCGAGACGGACAUUGAACAGCUGUGGGUGGAAGCUGGUAGUCGGGUGAGCCGGGAGCUGCGCUACACCAGGGAGAAGCAAGGCGAGGAGUCCAUAUUUACCUCCCAGAUGCUCAUCCAGACCCCCAAAGAAGAAGGCACCAACAUUCUUACCCAGGAAGCUUUACUGGUGCACAUGGAGGCUGCACUGUCUGCCAGCAAGGUGCAGGUGUCACUCUUUGGAAAGUCGUGGGAUCUCAAUAAAAUAUGCUAUAAAUCUGGAGUCCCCAUCAUUGAAAAUGUCAUGAUUGAAAGGAUGAUUGACAAGCUAUUUCCUUGCAUGAUAAUCACCCCUUUGGACUGUUUUUGGGAAGGGGCCAAGCUACAGGGAGGGUCCGCCUAUUUACCGGGUAUGCCAGACAUCCAGUGGAUGAAUCUGGAUCCAGUCAAGCUCAUGGAGGAACUGAGUCAGUUCACGUCCCUGGAAGGAUUUAAGGAGAUGUUGGACAAAGCCCAGGUGGGCCACGCCUACAUGAACCGGCCUUGUCUGGACCCGUCAGAUCCUGACUGCCCUCUCAGUGCUCCCAACAAAGAGCAGUUGGAGUCUCCUGACAUCGCCGGACGCCUCCGAGGCGGUUGCCACGGUUUUAGCCGGAAGUUUAUGCACUGGCAGGAGGAGCUGAUCCUUGGGGGGCGCGUGAAGAACACCCAGGACGCUCUCAUGAGCGCCGAGGCGCUUCAAAGCAUGUUCCUGUUGAUGAGCCCAAAGCAGCUCUACGAGCACUUUAAAGACGACUAUGAGAUCCACGACAUCAACUGGAAUGAAGAAAAGGCUACUGCCAUCCUGGAGUCGUGGCAACGGAGAUUUGUGGAGGUGGUCCACCAGAGUAUCCCGUCUAAUUCCAGCCAGUCGAUCCACGCCUUCUCCACCACCACACUCAACGACAUCAUGAAGUCCUUCUCCGAUGUCAGCGUCUUACGGGUAGCCGGAGGCUACCUGCUCAUGCUGGCGUACGCCUGCGUGACCAUGCUGAGGUGGGACUGCGCCAAGUCGCAGGGGGCCGUGGGACUGGCCGGCGUGCUGCUGGUGGCUCUGUCGGUCGCUGCGGGGCUGGGUCUCUGCUCCCUGCUGGGACUCUCCUUCAACGCCGCCACUACUCAGGUGCUUCCCUUCCUGGCACUUGGAAUCGGAGUGGAUGACAUGUUUCUUUUGGCUCACUCCUUCACAGAGGCCGGGAGUCACAUUCCCUUUAAGGAGCGGACCGGAGACUGCUUACGUCGCACGGGCACCAGCGUGGCUCUGACUUCCGUCAACAACAUGAUUGCCUUUUUCAUGGCGGCUCUCGUGCCCAUCCCGGCCCUGCGAGCGUUCUCCUUGCAGGCGGCCAUCGUGGUGGUGUUCAACUUCGCCAUGGUGCUGCUCAUCUUCCCCGCCAUCCUCAGUUUAGACCUCCACCGGCGCGAGGACAAGCGCUUGGACGUCCUGUGCUGCCUGUACAGCCCUUGCGCCGACCGGGUCAUCCGCCUGUCCCCGCACGAGCUGUCGGACGCCCCCGAGCAGAGCCGGGCGCCGGCCUCGCACCCGUUCGCCACGGGCUCCACCAUCACCACCAGCACGCAGAUCACCACCACGGUGCAAGCGUUCACGCAGUGCGACGCCGCCGGGCAGCACAUCGUCACCAUCCUGCCGCCAACCUCUCAAAUCUCCACCAGCCCGACAUCCGUCAUUCUGUGUCCACCCGCUUCACAAGCGAUCACGCCUACACCCGGCACCCCCGUGCAGGAUCCCUACGGCUCGCAGCUCUUCACCCCGACCUCCAGCUCUACCCGGGACUUGCUAGCUCAGGUGGAGGACUCCAAGUUGGGCAAGAAGUGCGUCCCGCUCCCGUUCCUCCGCUGGAACCUGUCCCACUUUGCCAGGGAGAAAUACGCCCCGCUCCUCCUCAAGCCCCAAAGCAAAGCCAUGGUGGUCAUCCUCUUCCUGGGCCUCCUGGGCCUCAGCUUGUACGGGACCACCACGGUGCACGACGGCCUCUACCUGACUGACAUUGUACCACGCGACACCAAGGAGUACGACUUCAUCGACGCCCAGUUCAAAUACUUUUCCUUCUACAACAUGUAUCUGGUCACCAUGGACGGAUUCGAUUACGCCCGCUCGCAGCGACUUCUGAUCCAGCUACACAACGCCUUCAACUCUGUCGGAUCCGUGGUCCGAGACAGUGACGGCAAAUUGCCCCGCAUGUGGCUGCACUACUUCCAGGACUGGCUCAGAGGUCUUCAGGCUGCUUUUGACGCAGACUGGCUGGCGGGGAGGAUCACCUCGGACAGCUACAGGAACGGCACGGAGGACGGCGCCCUGGCGUACAAGCUCCUCAUCCAAACGGGCUCCAAGAAAGAGCCUUUCGACUACAGCCAACUGACUUCUCGCCGGCUGGUGGAUGCCGAGGGUCUCAUCCCCCCCGAGGUGUUCUAUAUCUACUUGACGGUGUGGGUCAGUAACGACCCGCUGGGCUACGCCGCCUCCCAGGCCAACUUUGAUCCGCAUCCCAGAGAGUGGAUCCACGACAAGUACGACACCACGGGGGAGAAUCUGCGCAUUCCGGCAGCGGAGCCCCUGGAGUUCGCUCAGUUCCCGUAUUACCUAAACGGGCUGCGGCAAGCCGGCGACUUUGUGGAGGCCAUCGAGAGCGUGAGGGCCAUCUGCGACGAGUUCAGCCGCAAGGGCGUGUUCAACUACCCCAACGGGUACCCUUUCCUCUUCUGGGAGCAGUACAUCGGCCUCAGGCAUUGGUUCCUCCUGGCCAUUAGCGUGGUGCUAGCGUGCACCUUCCUGGUUUGCGCUCUGCUCCUGCUCAACCCGUGGACCGCCGGCAUCAUUGUGUUUAUCCUGGCCAUGAUGACGGUGGAGCUUUUCGGCAUCAUGGGUUUGAUCGGCAUCAAGCUGAGCGCCAUCCCCGUGGUCAUCCUUAUCGCCUCGGUGGGCAUCGGAGUGGAGUUCACCGUUCACAUUGCGCUGGGCUUCCUGACAGCCAUUGGCAGCAGAAACAAGCGCUCGGCCGUGGCUCUGGAGCACAUGUUUGCCCCGGUGGUCGACGGCGCCGUUUCCACCCUGCUGGGCGUUCUCAUGCUGGCGGGCUCCGAGUUUGACUUCAUCAUGAGGUAUUUCUUUGCCGUGUUGGCCAUCCUGACCGUGUUGGGAAUGCUCAACGGCUUGGUCCUGCUCCCGGUCCUCCUCUCCAUGCUGGGCCCCCCCGCCGAGCUGGCCGCGUCCGACGGCCGCCGCCGACCGGCGCCUUCGCCCGAUCCACCUCUCCCUCCGCCCAUGGCUCAUCACGGUUACUUGGCGGACCACCGCGACCCCCGCCGGGCUUUCUCCGAGACAUCCGAUUCGGAAUACUACUCCGAGAUGACGAGCACGUCGGGGAUGGGCGAGGAGGAUUAUAAGUGCUGCGACCGCAGCGCGUACAGCGUGCCGCCUGCGACCUCGCACAUUCUGCUGGAAGCCAGCAAGAAUCCCAGCUUCCCCAAACUCACGGUGGUGAGGCCGCUGAAGGAAAGCAGAGGACGGACAGAACCGUCCAGUGACUCUACACGCAACGCUCAGUCUCUGAACUCGCAGGUGACAUGCUGGGAUGGAUCCAAGCGGGAGCAGCAGCAGCAGCAGCAGCCGGGACAGCAAAAUGGGCCUGGUCGGACUUACCAGAGCGGCCCCAGAGGGCCUCGGCCAAACAGGACUAAAGGGCCCAGCAGCUACAGCAGUUCCACAGCAGGGGGGCCCGUCACCAUGGUGACGGCCACGGCCUCCGUGACGGUGGCGGUGCACCCGACCCUGCCCGGAGCGGCCUACCAGGGCUACAUGCACGAAGGCUUCGACACGGACACCGAGUCGGACUGCUUCGAGGCCACUAAGAGGACUACGUUUUCCUCGUACAAGAGAGACUCUUUAGCGCUCCGGGACGUGGACUGUCCACCGGAUCAGAUGACGCAACCGACCAGACAAGGCGGGUCGAGGAUCCAGACGGCCAGAGUGCUAGACCCGUUCUCUGGAAACUCCACAUAGUGGCCACAUAGGAUUUAUUUGAAGGACAUGAUGUAACUCUAUGAGUAUCUAUUUUAAAUACUAAAAAAAGAGGGAAGCUAUUUAAAAGAGUACUGUAUAACUUUGGGUAUACUCAUGUAAAAGUUUUUGUGUUGUUUUUGUGGAGGGGAAGUUUUGUUUUGUUUUCAUGACACCCCCCGCAGCAUAGUGUAUAGAAUGAGAAGAAGAAUGUGCUAUAUGUCGAAAAAUGUCCACACAGAGUGAGAUCCUAUUAAGAUAUUAGGCUAUUGAACAUACAUGGUCAGUGUUUUAUUUCUAUUGGUAUUAUUAUGUUGGGUUUUUCUGCUGCUACACAAAGUCAUUUGAAGUGAUUUGCCUUAAAAAAAAAUGCAGUAGCCCCUCUUCCUCCCCCUUAAAGCCACACACACACACACACACACUAUAUUGUACUGUGAGAUCUAACCGAUUUCUUAACAUUGUGCCUUCUUCGUUAAUGUCCGUGCAGCAGAAUCCUGAGCUCAGUAUUAAGUCCUUUGCAGUUUUGUCUACUUGAAGGUUUUGUUUGUUGUGGCUGCAUCUCAGAUUUAACACAAUGGGAAUUAUAAGGGAGUCUUUUUGAUUUGUUGUAACCCAAAUGGAGUUACUUAUAAGCUAUGAUUCACAUUUGACAGCAGCUCCGUGUUUUUGUUCUUGUUUUUCCUCUGCAGUUCUUAGAUUACAGAAAUGGUCUCAUCACUGCCAGAGUCAUUUGCAGGGAAGAGCUUUUCUGUAUUUUUCAAGUGGCAGCUUUGGUUUAAAAAAAAAAAAAAAGACAGAAUGUUGAGUAGCUACUGUGCUGUUGCGGAAAAAUAAUUUCACCCUACAUACUCACCUUUGGCUGGAGGAGUUAAUCGGGAGGAGGUCGAGGGGAAGCUCGUGCAUUGUUUGUAGUUAAAAGAAAAUGUUGUCAUGCCAUAUAAAUUAUUUAUAUUCAAAAUUUAUUUUUGUAGUUUGUACAGAUGUUAGUAUUUAGACUGAAGUUCUAUUUUUAAAGAGUAAAUCUAUAUUAUAUAUAAAUAUA